AUGUCCGCUCCAAAUGACGGCGGUUCGUCUCCUCGAUCUCAGGUCGGUAAUCUCUUGCAUGAUUUGUGUUCAGCCGAAAGUAUAAUCGCCUUUUUCUUGCUUUUCUCUGUGUUCCAACGGGAGUCUGGAUCAAUGUCACGAUUCCUUCUCGGCCAUUUGCCCAGUCGCCAAUGGCAGCAGCCAUUUAGUAGCGUCAUCCCAUCUUACUGGAAUUCCUCUGGUUGUUGUCUCAAAUGAUCCGAAAAAUCGGGGAAUAAGAUCUGGAGAGGAAAUAUGUAUCCAGGUGUAGCUCGAUUCAUACAUAGAUCUAGGUUUUUCCGUUUACAUUUAUCUAUAAAUCAUAAAGCUUUGAAGCUUCAUGGCUGAAAACCAGAAUUCUGGACCAUGAUCCAGAGAUCCGACCUUUCGAAAAAGGAAAUAGAGAUUCUCCAUUUCAAUCCACCCAAGGACGGAGAAUCUUCAUUUCCUUCUAGCAUCUACAGCUUUUCAUUUCAUGAAGAUCCAGGAGAUGAACUCUAUUAGAUCUUCAUCUCAACGCGGGUUUAUUAUUUCCUUUAUCAUCUUGACAUAGUUAGUCAACUCUCCCUGUUCGAGGUGCAGUUAUCGUCCCAUUUCCUGGGAGAACUCCUCGAUUCUAUAAUCGUGGACGUGGCGUCGGAGUGCCACCGCAUUGCGAGGCUGGGCCUCGAUCGGAACUUGGAGGAGGAGGAGGAAGAGCUGAGGCUGUCGAAGCAGGCCCGGGUGGCGGACCCAAGCAGCAGUGGAGGUGGCGCCGCCACCGGCGGCGGUGGCGGCGAGACGAACAGCAAGUACGUGGUCGACAUCUUCGGGCAGACCCACCCCGCCGUCGCCAACGAGAUCUUCGAGUGCAUGAACUGUAGCCGGUCGGUCAUCGCCGGCCGAUUCGCUCCUCACCUGGAGAAAUGCAUGGGAAAGGUAACAUUUAUCUUCCUUCCGCUCUUUGGAAUCCCGUUAUAAUUCUUGGCGGCGACCUCUAAAAGAUAGAUAGAGAGAGAGAGAGAGAGAGAGAGAGAGAGAGAGAGAGAGAGAGAGAGAGAGAGAGAGAGAGAGAGAGAGAGAGAGGAAAUCUAAGCGACUGUUCAUCGGUGCAUGCCCAGAUCGUCCCUUUUAUUGAAUUCUUCGAAGAACGGAUUCCAUUUUUAGUAUCCUGUGUCGUGGGUCGUGAUCUCUCUCUCUCUCUGCGCAUGAUAUGCUGCAGGGGAGGAAGGCUCGCCUGAAGACGACGAGGAGCAGCACGAUCACGCAGAGCCGGCAUUCCCGCGGCAGCCCUGUGACGGUGUACGCGCCACACGCGGGUGGCGGCGCCGCCGGGAGGGUCUCCAACGGCGGCGGGAUGGGGGCGGUGGAGUACCCGGAGUUGGGGUUCGAGGAGCCGUGA